GUGGACCAACUACUAUAUAUGAUAUUGCUUAAAAUGUUCGCCACCAACUUUGAAAAUCAAACGUAUAGGUAUUGCCAUAAAUAAAAAUCCUAGAAUUUAAUUUAAUUCCUUUUUCCUUCACAUCUCAAAACUCAAAAUUGCAAAACAUGGAGCCCAAAAGACCUGGGAACGAGCAGAAGGGAAAAGAAGCUCGGUACCGGGGGAUUCGAAGACGGCCGUGGGGUAAAUUUGCAGCGGAGAUUCGUGACCCUUCGAGAAAUGGAGCUCGACUUUGGCUUGGAACAUUUGAUACAGCAGAGGAGGCUGCAAGGGCAUAUGACAGAGCUGCUUUUGCUUUCAGGGGCCAUUUAGCCAUUCUUAACUUCCCAAAUGAAUACCAAUACGGGAAUACGAGCUCUUCGCCGGCGGAAUCUUCUUCGGUUUCCGGUGGUGUUGGUAAAGGUGGUAUGUCUAGAGCGCAAGAAGUUGAAGUUAUAGAGUUUGAGUAUUUGGAUGAUAAGUUGUUGGAGGAGCUUCUUGACACACAAGAGGAUAUGCAGGAGAAGAGUUCCAAGUGAUACUGGAAACUAACAUGACUACUUUGGGUUUUAUUUUUUUUCUCUCUUUUUUUUUUUUUUUUUUUUUUUUUGGGUGGCUUAAGUUUCCUCAUCAAAUUCAUUUUGGAAAAUGACUUUGCUAGAUGGAUUCAAAUGCAAUAUUUUUCAUUUUUUCGUUUUUCAUUUGUUUUGGGCUUUUUCCUUAAAAUGUAAGGGUUUGGUUCAAGUUCAUGAAUGAUAUAAAAUUGGGUAUAUCAUACACAUGCAAAAUUUGUUAAGCUAUCCCAGCAGCCAAUGAUGUUCCUUGAGUGGUACAAUCAGCUUUUUGUUUUAUGUAUUGAUUAAGGAGAAACACUAUUAAUCAAUAUGCAUGUUAGAAUGGCUCUGCCCAAAAAGCAGUGAACAUAUGA